AUGAGCAGCUUUCUUAUCGUAAGUGCCGCCAAGAACCAGGUCGCCAUGAACCCCCAUAACACUGUGGUCUUCGAUGCCAAGCGUCUCAUUGGCCGCAAGUUACAGGACUCCAGGGUCCAUAAUGACAGGACCCAUUCAAAGUUACAGCACACCUGCUUUCCAUUCAUUGUUCACAUCAUGGAUCCCUUUCUUACUUACCUUAAGAUACUCAGGAACGGAUUACAAGUGUGA